UGCCCCCGCCGGUACCGCCGCCGGUGCCGUCGGUGCCGCCGCCGAUAUGGCGCGUACGGCCCCUGUGGAGCCACCGCUGCGGCCUUCUGCGCCCCCCUCGCCGGCCGUGGGCGAGCCCCGCACCUCUGUCGAGGCAGCGGUGGCCCCGCGGAGGGUGCUGUUCGCCGAUGAGGCCCUGGGGUUGCCGCUGGCGCAGCUGCGCCGCUACCGGCCGUGGGGCGGGCCUGGGGCGGGCAAGAUGGCGGCAUUGGCCGGGCAAGAUGGCGAUGGCGGAGGGGUUGACGAGGACGACGAUGGCGAGGAUGGGGAUGAAGGGGAGGAGGAAGAGGAGGCUUGUCCUGAGCCCUCACCGCUGUGCCCCGUCCCCGCUGGCGGGGGUUUUUACUUGGUGCCCACAUUUUCGCUGCCGCCUGCACCGGGCCGUCUGGAGCGCUUGGGGCGCGUCAUGGUGGAGCUGGAGGCGCUGCUGCCGCCUCCCGGAGCGGUCCCCGGGGUUGCCGGGGUGUGGGUGCCAGGGGGACGCCCACCUGUGCUGCGCGGGUUGGUGCGCGUGUUGAACCGCUCCUUCGAGAAGGCGGUGCACGUGCGGGCCUCACACGACAGCUGGGCUUCUUUCUGCGACCACCCAGCGCGCUACGUCCCGCGCAGCCUGCCAGGGGCAGGAGUGGGAGGACCAGGAACAGGAGAUCCCAUCCUGGAUUCGGGCCUUGGCCUGGUCUCCGGCCAGGCGUCCGCAUCCUCGCCCGACGACGGCGGCAGCACCGACCGCUUUGCCUUCCAGCUGCCUUUUGCUGAGGGUGCGGGUGAUGGGGCGCGCCUGGACUUCGUGGUGCGCUAUGAGACGCCCGAGGGCACUUUCUGGGCCAACAACCACGGCCGCAACUACACAGUCCUGCUCCGGAUUGCACCCGCUCCCACACCCACUGAUGCUGAAGGGCUGCCCCAGCAGCAGCAGCUGCCGCAGCUGGAGCCACAGCCCGAGUCCCAGGGUACCGUGGAGGCGGAGGUCAGGCAGCUGAAGAGCUGCAUGAAGCCGGUGAGGCGCAGGCCUAACGAGGAAGAGCUGAGGAUGAAGAACAUGGAUGAUAAUACCCCUUCUGCGGCAGAGCAUCCUGAUGUCCAGGAGUCAGUGGGUCCCCUUGUGGCCCCCACCCCUCUCCGUCCAUGGCCACAGAUGACAAUUCAGGUUUCUGAAGUUACAGUGACUGGCAAAUCCCCAGAGGAAGGUGACAUCCCGGGAAGAAAUCUGCCUGUGGCUUUCAGAGAGGUUCCCCAGCCACCUGUCAUCAGGAUCCCUCCUUCCUUUCUCUGUGGCAUGGGUCGCUCCCCCAGGGACCAGGCCUCAGGGCCAGAUGCAAGUGAGGGGGCAGCUGGGCCUCUCCUUGAAUCUAGUCAGCAACAGGUGGAGGCUGCAUGGGAAGUAUCAAGCGAGAAUGGAGGGGGCCGAAAGGAUCCCAUGGUAGGGGCUAUUAUGGACAAGCCCUGUGGGGGUUUGGAGGUCAUGAGUGGGUUGGAGGAGCUGCUUGGUGAGGACACCAUUGAUCAGGAGCUGGAGCAGCUCUAUUUGUCCCACUUGAGUCGCCUGCGGGCUGCUGUGGCUGCAGGUGGGCCAGGAAGUAUCGGGGAGGGCUCCACAGAUGGAGGGGUGUCCCCCAGCCAUCCCCUGGGCAUACUCACGGACCGCGACCUGAUCUUGAAGUGGCCUGGCCCUGAGCGGGCCCUGAACAGUGCCCUGGCGGAGGAGAUCACACUACACUAUGCCCGGCUGGGGCGUGGGGUAGAGCUCAUCAAGGACACCGAGGACCCUGAUGAAGAGGGGGAGGGUGAAGAGGGGCUCUCUGUGAUACCCUCCAGUCCAGAAGGGGACACCCCCAAGGAAUCACCUCCAGAAAUUCUCUCUGGGGCCCAUUCCAUGGUAGCCACUAUGGGAGGUGUAUGGCUUCCAUGGGCAGGGGGCUCCGGAUGUGACAAUCCUGUGGUUCUGGGUACAGAUGGUCAGUUCAUUGGGGCUCCAGAAGAGGGAAUGUGCAAGGACACUGACUCUUUGCACAUGAAUAGGGUGAUAUCUGGGGUGACAGGGUUCCCGGGAGGGACAGAAGCUGGGAUGGAGUUCACCACUGAGGGAGCAGACAGCUUGGUUCCUAUAUCUGGCAAGGAGCCAGGUGCUCCAGCCCUACAGGGGCAAAAUCUCACUCUCCUUGGUAACUCGGAGGCUGAAAUCUGCCCUUCUAGCCUGGCCAGGCCCCAAGUAAACUCCCAGCAUAAAGAGGGUUCAGGCCGAAGCCUUGAGUCCCCAAAGAGGUCUCCUACCCUAACAGUCCCUGCGGAAUGUGUGUGUACUUUGCCUCCCCAGCUCUGGGGGCCCUUGACUCAGACUCUGGGGGUCCUGGCUGGCCUGGUAGUGGUCCCUGUGGCUCUGAACAGUGGUAUGUCUCUCCUGGUGCUUGCUCUUUGCCUCUCUCUGGCCUGGUUCUCAUAGGAGCUGCUUGUGGGACCAUUAAUAACAAGCAUCCCCUCUUGGGUCUGGGGAGGGAUAGCCCCUGUACCACCCCAGAGGGUUCAGAUGGCACAUGUGGCCUGUACAGUGAGGGGGUCCUUUGCUUCUGAGAAUGCUCAAUUAGAGAAAGUCCUCCUUGUCCCUGAGCUCUCUAGUUAGCACAGGGCUCCUGUGGUGAUACUAAUGGAAUGGAACAGGGGAUGGGUGCAUAGUGAAAAUGACAACUUUCAGAAUGGAACUGGGCAUGUCCUCCCUUCUCCCUGCCCCCCCCCCCGCCGAGCCUGUAUUUAUUUUUGUAUAAUUCUCUGGAUGAGGGAGAGUGGUCGUGAGCUGGUCUUGGGGCACAAUUACCCAGAGAUAUAUUUAUUAACAGCCAACCUGUGCAACCUGCUGGAGCUUUAUUUUUAAUUUAAUUUAUAUAGAGUACCUAUUAUUAUAUGCCACAAUAGAGCUCUAUGAGAAAUGAUGUGUCUUGCUGUGCAGUGUUCUGUUCAGGAAUGAGUGUGCAGGGUGGUCGUAUGGGAAGACUACAGUGGGGAGUGGGACAUGGGAUGUGGUCAUGUCUGCUGCUGCUGCUGCUGCUUCAGUGUGUCCUUGACUUACCUUGUUGUCCUAAUACAUGUGGUCUAAUGGUCUCUGGGGGGUAGGUACUUUGGUCAUUUCCACAUUCUGUCAAGGAGGGAGGAAGAGUGGCAGCCACAUAAUGGUUUUAUGUCACACGUGGUUGCAAUGGUGGAUGUGGUCAGCUGUGGAUGUGGGAUAUUGGUUGUGAAUCAGUCACAAAGUUUUGAAGUUACUUAAAAAAAAAAGCCUUUUACACCAGCAGGGAGACUUCUGUGUCCCCAGGAUUGGGAAAGGCUCAGAAAAGACAGAGGAGUGAAAAAUUCAUACCAGAGUUGCUAUCCACAGACAUUGCAUUUCUAACUUAAAACAGGAGACCCAGAAGCUUUGAAAGAAAGGAUUGAUAUAUUUACUACAUGUCAAUUAAAAACUCUGAAAUCCUUGGUUUCCGGGACACCACACUCUCCUAGUUUUCCUCUUUGCUCACCAGCCGCUCUUCUAGAAGAAUUUUUGGCACAUAAUGGGUGCUCAAAUACCCAUUGAAUUAAAUAAAUUAAGGAACAAAUGAAUAUAUGUGAGGAAAUAUAAAGAGAUGGUUAGAGAACUUAGUUGGUCAUUCAGUGGUUAUAAGCUCAAUUCAGUUCUGCAAAUAUUGAC